UCCAUGUCAGAUAUUUGGCUGCUCUAUGCCCUCCAUAAAGGAGUCGUGCCAGCUGGACACACGCUCCUUCCGGAGCCCCUGGCAGCUGGGACAGAGUUGAGACCUUUGCUGUUGAGACCCUGAGUUGGUGUGAUUUGAGGAGGGCCCUCCCCCAGCAAUGACCUCCUCAUUGCUCCUGGCUUCUCUGUUCUUGGCUGUGGCCACAGUGGCCACUCCCAGAGGUGGCGAUCAGUGUCCGGCAUGCGGGGGACCUGCCUUGGACCUCAAGAGCCAGCGGGAAUUGCUUCUCGACCUGGCCAAGAGAAGCAUCUUGAACAAGCUGCACCUCAGCCAGCGUCCACUCCUGAGCCGGCCAGUGUCCAGAGCUGCUCUGAAGACCGCACUGCGGCGCCUCCGUGGGCCUCCAUGGGGAACACCUCUGGAGGACGUCAAGGGACAGGAGUAUGAGAUCAUCAGCUUUGCUGAGACAGGCCUCUCCGACAUCAACCGCACUCGUCUCGAUUUCCACUUCUCUGACAGAACUGUGGGUGGCGCGGAGGUCCAGCAGGCCAGACUCAUGUUCUUUGUGCAACUCCCUCCCAAUACCACCUGGACUACGACAGUGAGGGUCCUGGUGCUGAGCUUACGGGACACAAACCUCACUUUGGCUACCCAGCACCUGCUAGAGGUAGGUGCCAGUGGCUGGCACCAGCUGCUCCUGGGACCUGAAGCUCAGGCUGCUUGUAGUCAGGGGCACCUGUCCCUGGAGUUGAUACCCGAAGGCCAGGAAGCUCAGAGCUCAGUCAUCCUGGCCACGGCUGCCCAUAAGCCUUUUGUGGCAGCCCGGGUGAAGGUUGGAGGCAGACACCGAGUUCGGCGACGAGGCGUUGACUGCCAGGCAGGGUCCAAGAUGUGCUGUCGACAAGAAUUCUUUGUGGACUUCCGUGAAAUUGGCUGGCAGGACUGGAUCAUCCAGCCCGAGGGCUACGCGAUGAACUUCUGCAGAGGGCAGUGCCCGCUGCACGUGGCCGGCAUGCCUGGCAUCGCUGCCUCCUUUCACACUGCAGUGCUCAAUCUGCUCAAGGCCAACACAGCCACAGGCACGGCCGGAGGGGGCUCGUGCUGUGUGCCCACUGCGCAGCGGCCUCUGUCUCUGCUCUACUAUGACAGGGACAGCAACAUCGUCAAGACAGACAUACCUGACAUGGUGGUAGAGGCCUGUGGGUGCAGCUAGUGUGUGUGUGGUGUGGGCAACCCCGGGGUGGGGUGGGGUGCCAAACACACCCUCAGAGCUGCUCUUCCCCUAGAAGAGGGCCUUCCCUGCUGCUGCCUCUGUCCAGAUGCAGACCCCCUGAGCAACCCAUGAGAAGGAUCCCACCUUGGACUUCAGGAGAGCUACAUCGAAGGAGAACCACAGGGCCAUCUUCAUGAUCACAAGUCUCUCUCUCACGGCAUGGUCCAUCCAGCAAGUCUCACAUGCUCACCCCCAUCCAGGAACUCUGAUCCACCUCCAGCCAUGAGCAGUGCCGUCUGGUUCCUAGGCAAAGAUACCUUUAACUCAGCCUUAACCAACCCCAUAGCCCACUCUGCCUCCCUGCCCUGUCCACUAGAAGGCCCCCACUCCAGGGUGAGUUGACCCAGCCCCUUCUCCUGAUUUUUCUGGGUCUCCAGAGCCCCAUCCCUUGGAUUCACCAAAGAUUAGGUCAUUCUCCAAGGUGGGAUUCACCACCUCUGUAUCUUGAGCUUCUGUCCUAACUUGCCUAGGUGGGCUGCCAAUGUUCUCUCUGCAUGCCCUCAACUAUUCUUUGUCCUUCUCUGUCCUGUGCUGUGCACUUAGGGGCUGACUUACCUGGGCUGCCCUGCCCUCGGGCUUCUUGCUGGGUUUGACUAAGGGGAGACACAGGCAGGGGACCACAGGAGAGGCAGAGGCAGAGGUCAGGGUACUUCUUAUUCCUGUUCCCUCUCUGGGUGCCCUGGUUCUAUGUGACUGUUGCUAUGCUGUGACCUAGUGCCUGCUGCCUGGCUACGUCCUGCCAUGGCUUUAGCUUUGCCUGCGUUCUGAUGGCGUUGUUUCAGCACCACUAGGGGAUCCUAAUGGCCUUCCACUUUUGCUGGUCCCUCGGUGCCUCCACGCCCCUUGUUGGUCCCCUUAACCCUGCUUCUACCUCUGUAACGAAUUCCUGCACCAAGUCAUCUUGAUGAAGAACUAGACAACUGAGGGGGCCUUCAGUGUCCUGCCAGGACCUUGAUGACACCCAAGAUGACACAGAGCCUUCCUGCCCUGCCUGCUCAGCUCCAUCUUCACCUGGACUCCUCAGGCCUGGCUCUCACAUCUUCAAGCCUCCUCAGGCCCUCUGCAUCUCCCCGGGGCUGUCACUGAUGGUCUCACAGCUGAUAAAGACCUAGGUUUCACCUGCUCCUCUCCUCCCUCUGCACUCAUUCCAGGAGAUGAGUGAGACGGACAGCCAGUCCCCGAGCAGGCAGGCAGCCUGACGGCACACACGUGCUGGGAGGCAGCACCGUGCUCAGGGCUGGCUGCCGGAAACCCCCUCACCUUCCCCUCACCCACCCCCAAGGCUCCGUCCAGGAGUCCUGCUGGAAGCUCCAACUGGAUAGGGCCACUUGAGCGGGAAGAGGAAGGCCUGGAGUGAGGAGAGGGCGGCAUUUGCUGGAGACUGGGUCCUCUUCAGACCUUUGCCUGCCUUCCCCAGCCAUCUGCUCCCUGUGACUGGACAGUCCAGAACCAUGCGGUCAAUACCGUCUGCAGCCCAAGGCCGAGUUUGCGCAAACCCCCUGUGUCCUCUGGGGGACGUGAUGUCUGUGUUUGCUCAGCUUAUAACCCCUCCCACCCAUGUAAGAGGCCCCUGUGACAGAUGUGCCUGAGGAGAGCAUCGGAGAGGGACCUCCCAGGGGACUGCAUUUUGGAGCUGGGGGCUUCCAGAGGUAUCCCACCUGGGACUUAAGGAGACCUUCAUCUAAGGAGGGCUUCUGGUGUCACCCCUCCCCCACCCCGCCUGGCUCCUCCCCUCCUCCACAUGCCCCCUCCUUCCCUCCAGUCCUCAGGGACUAGAUUAAAGUGAAGUGAGACACAAACCUGGUGGGCAAAAUUUUAAGGAGAGGGCCAGCACUGUGGCAUGACAGGUUAAGCCACAGUCUGCAGUGCCAGCAUCCCACAUGGGUGCCAGUUCCAGUCCCGGCUGCUCCACUUCCAAUCCAGCUCCCUGCUAAUGUGCCUGGGAAAGCAGCGAGGGAUGGCCCAAAUGCUUGGGCCCCUGCACCGGCGUGGGAGACCUGGAUGAAGCUCCUGGCUCCUGGCUUCAGCAUGGCCCAGCCCUGGCCAUUGUGGACAUUUGGGGAGUGAACCAGCUGAUGUCUCUCUUUGUCUCUCCU